GGAAACACCGAGGAAGAGAGGCGAUCAAUUCACCGCGGGAAGCUUCCCGGCUCGGUUCUACUCAUGGCCCGGUUCUAGGAGCUCUACGCGGCUCAACAUGUUCUCCUUCCUGCGCUCAGGCAGAAAUCCCCUGCCUGAGAACAUCCACAUCCCCUCCCUGCCGCCCAGCGUUCCCCUGGACCCAGAGCCUGAUCUGCCAGACCGACAAGACGACUCUGUGCAAAACCAGGAGAAAGCUGUUAUCCAGACCACACACACUCACCGAGGAUCGUCCACGCCUUCGGUUUUCCUCCAGAACCGCAGCAAUGAACCGGCUCCGACCACGUACUUUGAGCAGAAAGUCCCUGUUCCUGAGGAGGACACUGAGAGACUGUUCAGUCUGCGUAAACUCUGGGCCUUCACUGGGCCCGGCUUUCUGAUGAGCAUUGCCUACCUGGACCCGGGAAACAUCGAGUCUGACCUGCAGUCAGGAGCUAAAGCUGGAUUUAAGCUCCUCUGGGUGUUGCUGCUGGCCACCAUCAUCGGCCUGCUGCUGCAGCGGCUGGCGGCGCGGCUCGGCGUCGUCACCGGGAUGCACUUGGCUGAAGUCUGCAACCGCCAGUACCCCACUGUGCCCAGAAUCCUGCUGUGGUUGAUGGUGGAGGUGGCGAUCAUCGGCUCCGACAUGCAGGAGGUCAUCGGCUGCGCCAUCGCGUUCAACCUGCUGUCCUCUCGCAGGAUCCCCCUCUGGGCCGGUGUGCUCAUCACCAUUAUCGACACUUUCUUCUUCCUCUUCCUGGAUAAGUACGGCUUGAGGAGGCUGGAGGCCUUUUUUGGUUUGCUAAUUACUAUUAUGGCCAUAACAUUUGGAUAUGAGUACGUGACAGUGGCUCCUGACCAAGGCCAGCUGCUGAUGGGGAUGUUUGUGCCGUACUGCGAAGGCUGCGGGCCGGUUCAGCUCACCCAGGCCGUCGGCGUCGUGGGCGCCGUCAUCAUGCCUCACAACAUUUACCUCCACUCUGCUCUGGUGAAGUCUCGGGAAGUGGAUCGCUCGAAGAAGAAAGCAAUACAAGAGGCUAACAAGUACUUCUUCAUCGAGUCGGCCAUUGCUCUGUUUGUCUCGUUCCUCAUCAACGUGUUUGUGGUCGCUGUCUUUGCUGAGGCGUUCUACCAGCGCACAAACAUCGAGGUGAAUAACGUCUGCAACCAGUCGAGCAUUCCUCACUCCAACCUCUUCCCUAUGGACAACAAAACUCUGGAGGUGGACAUCUAUAAAGGGGGAGUUGUUCUGGGCUGCUUCUUCGGGCCUGCGGCGCUCUACAUAUGGGCCGUCGGGAUUCUUGCAGCCGGUCAGAGCUCCACCAUGACUGGAACCUACUCUGGCCAGUUUGUCAUGGAGGGUUUCCUGAACCUGCGCUGGUCACGUUUUGCUCGGGUUUUGCUGACCCGCUCCCUCGCCAUCACUCCCACGCUGCUGGUGGCCAUUUUUCAGGACGUGCAGCACCUGACGGGCAUGAACGACUUCCUCAACGUACUUCAGAGCAUGCAGCUGCCGUUCGCCCUCAUCCCCAUCCUCACCUUCACCAGUCUGCCGUCUCUGAUGAACGACUUUGCCAACGGACUGAUGUUUAAGAUCAUGGGAGGGCUGGUGAUCCUGUGCGUGUGCGCCAUCAACAUGUACUUCGUGGUGGUGUACGUGACGGCGCUGAACAGCGUGUGGCUCUACGUGCUCGCUGCCUUCCUCUCCUUGGCGUACCUCACGUUCGUGGGCUACUUGGUGUGGCUGUGCCUGAUAGCGCUGGGUGUGUCCUGCCUGGAUCCGAGCUUCAGGAGAGGAAACGACUCGACCAUCCUGAUACAGGAGCAGCCGGAGUUCGACACCUGAGCCAGACGUAGAUUAAACCGGCCCUUGGAUUGUCGGUCAACCCAGAACCGGGUCUCACGCUGACCAGUUGGAUGGUGCUAAAGUAUUUUUACUAAUCUAUGAUAUAUGAUCUGUUUCAUGUUGUUUUUAUCUUUAUUAUGACAUGUUAGAAAACUGAAGGACAGUCAAUUUUUCUGUUUUUCAGUGCAAAACAGAGCAUGAACACAGGACACCUUAGCAUGUUGUACUAGCAUGUCACUAACACUCGCAGCACUUUCCAAAAUUAAUCUCGACAUUUUGGACUUCUCCACAUUUUGUCACUUUACAACCUAAAACUUCAAUGUAUUUAUUCAGAUUUUAUGCAAAUGGGGCCUGAAUUGGGAAGCUGAAGGAAAGUUAUUUCAAAAUGGCAUCUAUUAAGAUCUACUUUUAAAUCUUGACAAAUAUUCUCAGUUGGAUUUCAGUCAGGACCAUUCUAAAACAUGUUCAUUUUUACUUUAUUUAUUUCUGUAUUAAACCUCUAAGGGCUUCAAAAAACAGUGGGAUUUAUAUAAAUCAAGAUGACAAUAUGAUAUGCAUAUUGACUGCUUACUAACUCUGCAACUUUAGGAGGAAAUUAGUUGUCAGAAGUUUAAAUCAAGUAAAAGAAUAUGGUUAUUGACUUGUGCAAAUGCUAAAACACACAGUAAACAAGAUUUAUGCAAACUUCAAAACACGCAAAAAACAAAAUGCUGCAACCACAAGAAAUGGAAGCAUCUUAAAAGAUGUCGGCCAUCAUAAAAGAGGAAUACUUGUGCACAUCUUACUUUUCAGAUUAAAUAAGAAAAUAAAAAACUAUGCAUCAUUUCCCUUACCCUUUGCAUUUCGGCAUAAUUUUAUGCUGGCCUGCACUGCAAAAACACAAAAUCUUACUGAGUAUUUUUUGUCUAGUUUUUAGAACAAAUAUCUUAGUACACUUGAAAUAAGACAAACUAACUUGUAGCUUUUCAGCAAGAUAUAGGAGCUUGUUUUAAAUGAAUAAUUUCUUCAUAUUGGCACUCGCAGGAUAUUUCACUAAUAACAACACAUAUUUCCUGUAUCAUAAGUGCAAUAUUCUGCAAUUAAUCUCAUACUUAAUCUCUAUUAAGGACUUAUUUACUUAAAACAAUCUUCUAUUUCUUCUGAAAAGCUAUUUUUAAGUUGGUUUUGCCUUAUUUCAAGUGUAAUAAUAUAUUUGCAUUAGAAACUGGAAAGUCUACAAAUAUGGUAAUAUUUUGUGUUUUUCCAGUGCAUCACAAAAUUUAAAUAAAAAAAUUUGCGGUUGAAAUAUGACAAAAUUUGGAAAACAACAAAGUUUGGUGUCUUUCAGCACAUUUUGCAUUCUAGCAAGAGGAGCAGUGUUAAUCACGUUCAUUCUUUUUAAAAAAGAAGAAUAUUAUAAUAACUUGAAGGUUUUUGUGGAGAAUCUCGCUGCCCUGUGUUUCAAUCUUAUGUACAAACAGGAAAACCAACAAGAUAUUGUGUUCAUUAAAGGAGCAGAAUGCAACUUUUAUUUAAAAAAAAAUACAUAUAUAUUUUUUUACAUAUUUGUUAAAACUGCCACUAUGUUGUGUCAGUAAUAAGACAGAUUCUGUGAUGUAAAUUGAGCUCCUACGUCUUUUCCCACUGCUAAAUAUAAACAACCAAUCAGAACCAGGAAGUGGAUCUUAGCAAUGUCAAUCAUCCCUCUUUCUGCGGCUAGCAUAGCCUGUUGUGAAUGCUAGCCGACAGAUAAACAACUUUCCUAACAGUGAAUUGUUUUUCCGCCAUCUGCUCAUUUAGCAGCAACUGCUUGAGGUUGAUUGACAGUGCUAAGACACUCCUCCUGUUUCUGAUUGGUUGUUUUUGUACAUUUCUUCAGACUCUAAUAGUAGCUCAGGGAAAACGUGGAGGAGAUUUAUCUUUUCCACAUAUUGACUCUCUCGUGUUAUACUGUCACAACAGUUUUAAUAAAUAUGUACUAAACUUUUUUAAAUAAAAGUUACAAACUGUACUUUUAAAUGGGGCCCUGAAAGACGAGUGGUAUUAAAAAUAAGAUAUUUACAUUUAAAUAUCCUCUUGAGGGAAUAUUUUUGUCGACUUUCAGAGUUGUUUCCGUUUUUGCCCACAAGGAGGCAGUGCAGAGCACUACAGGGAGACACCAUUAACAUCUAAACACAGCUUACAACCAACCCAGGAGAUUAAAGGGCAUGUUUGUGUGUUGGGACAGAAGCUGUGGCUCUUCUUUGUCCAACGUAGCGGGCAGCAGCUGUAGUACUUGGGGUUUUAUCCAGAGGUGCUGCUGUUGCACAAAUGCUGCGGUGGAUCAGCAAACUUUGAGCAACAUUGAGCCGAAUUCCAGCGUCGAAGGGAUUCUGUCUUUACGAGGGAAGGUAGACGAACAGGUUUUCCUCCUGGCAUUGAGACGAGAAACUUCUCUUUCUCUUUUACUCUCUCUGUGUCUCUGUGGCUGCCCAUCAUGGAGGCCGGGUUAUGUAAGAGUUCCCACCGCCCCUCUCUGUUUUUGUUUUUCUCAAUGAGCCAAUGUCUCCCUGCCUAGGCCUCACAGCCGGUCCAGUCCUGUAGGCCCCUUUUCCUGGAAAUACAGCCUUAGCAGAGGCCAGUCAGGGGCAGGCCUGCGAGGGUGGAGGGUGGGUGGAGAGGUGGGGGGGUUCUUCCAGCAAAUCACAUGAUUAUUCACCCUACAGCCCCAGCCUUACAUGAAACUCAGAUGCUGCAGCAAUAUGUUACCAGCUGGGGUUGCAUUCAACAAGGCUGAAUGUUUGUUGAUGCACCACUUGGCCUGUCACCAUGACAGAUUUUGCUGAAUGAUAAAUUGUUCCAGAAGUUAUUGUGAUAAAUGAUAAUAUUGUCUUUUUGAGAUCAUUUUCAAGUAAUAUAAAUGGUAAUGAUGACAUAAUAGUACAAUAAUUCAUUUUGAAAGAUCAAUAAGCUUUAAAAUCUAAUGGGCUGGAAAAGGAGGACAUUUUAAAUAUUAAAAAUAAAUGAAUGAAACAAUGAAAACAACUAAUAAAUAACAUACUAAUAAAUGUUGUUAAAUUAAUAAAUUUAAUUAUGGACUCUGUAAACAAAAACAUCCUUUAAAAUAUGGAGCUAGUUGAGACUAAAGCACAAGAGUGAAGAUUUUUACUAUCUAGUUUUCGGUAGAAAGAGAGAAAUAUCCAAAUGAAAAUUAUUGAGCGUGUCAUAAUUUAUCAUGCGAUUAAUUUAUUUAUUGCUUAUUGUGACAGACCUAGGCUUGAAGUUCAUGAAGACGGUGGUUUGGAUGCCGGUGGAAAACCACUACAGAUGAUGAAAGAUGUUUGUCUUAUUUAUCUACGCAGAAAAUCUUAAGAGAGAUCCGGAUAAUUUCCAUCCCCACUUCCAGCGGUUUAAACUUGGUUUUUGAAACCACUUCCUGAUGUUUUAUGAUUUUAUGGAAACAGCGGUUUCUCUUCAUUGUUUUUAACUUAUUUAAGCACAUUUUUAUUUUCGAUCAAACUGUUAUGACUUGAGCAUUAUUGUGUCACCAUGCGGCUGAUUUAAACCUCUUAUUUCUUUUUCAGAUGUUUUUGAUAGAAUUGAAAUACUUUUUUUGCCAAACCUCUUGUUCACACAAAUAAAUUGUUUUAAUAAA